AUGGGUCCCCUGAUUGCCAAGGUUCUAGAAGAAGGGGACCGUGAGCUUCGCAAAGAGAGGGCUGCACGUCAUCGAGCAGAGGAAGAGCUCCAUGGCAUGAACGAGCUCACAGAUAUCCUCCUUCACCUCAUCGAGAAGAUCUGGGCAUUUAGAUGCACAAACCAUCAAACCCCAGAAGACACUUCUCAGCAGCAACGUGCAACGUUGGAGUCAAUUCUCGACUCGGCAUUGGCUCAGCUCGAGCUGCAAAGCGUCCAAAUUGAGUAUGAGCAACUCCGCCGGGAGAAUGACCAGCUCCGAGCCCCCAAUAACUGGCAGUUCGAGAAGUAA